AUGGAGCCGAUGAUGCUAGUUGGAGAUAUUGUCGAAAAGGAGACGGCACCUACGAAACCCGUUGUCUUUGACGACAUCGACGCCGCCCCGACAGGCUUCCCCGCACACAAGAAGCGCGCAGCCCGCGUGUCGGCUUUCAAGCAGCAACGGCAAGGCAAGCCCACGACAGGUGCCCAAGCCGCGGCCGCGACCUCCUCGAUCCAGCCAAAGUCCAGCGGCGAUGUCGUCGCAGACUCACAAAAGCAGGAACUGCUCAACUCUCUCGACCCGUCCCUCAUUCAGCGCCUCCUCGGCAGAGCCAACAUAGACGAGCAGCACGGCCCGAAUCCCUUCGAUCCGCCCGCGGACGAAACCAAGAGGGAGCUGCCGGCCCCGACACCAGAGAUCAAGGUCGAGGACACCUCUGCGCCGCCGAAACCCAAGCCAGCACCAAAGCCCACUACCGCUCCGAAAUCCGUCUCAUUCGCAGACGAAGAAGACGAGCCAACAUCAAAGGUAACACCAAAGCAUCCGCACACACACGAAGAUAAGGCCCCCGCCGCCCCUCCGGCAGACCUCUUCCCCCUAAAUGACCAGCCCGACAAGACGCACUUCCCCCAGGCGCCCGCCCUCCCCGACCUCGACCCCUCGCACCCCGACUUCCUCCAGACCCUCCACGAAAAGUUCUUCCCCAACCUCCCCGCCGACCCGAGCAAGCUCGCCUGGAUGGCGCCCAUCCCGACAGCUGACUCCCCCGCCGACCGCGAAUCCCCCUACUACCCGGGCCAGUCCUCCCUCCCCAUCGCCGCCCUCCGCUUCGACUUCAAGGGCGGGCUGAUCCCCCCUCGCCUGAGCAGGUCAAUCCCCACGUCAAAAGGGCUGCACCACCACGGCCAGGCGCCCGAGGCGGCGGGCUACACGAUCGAGGAGCUGGCUAUUUACGCGCGGAGCGCCGUGCCCGCGCAGCGGUGCGUCGCGUUCCAGACGCUGGGGCGGAUUUUGUAUAGACUGGGAAAGGGUGAAUGGGGCAACGGCGAAGAGGAUAGCUUGGGCCGCGGCAUCUGGAGCAGUGUGCAGGAAGGACGCGUGCUGGAGAGCUUGUCCGAGGCGGCGAUUGUGGAUGGUGGUCACAGGGGGAGUCGGGCGUAUGCGACGGAGGCUCUGUGGUUGUUUGAGAAGGGUGGGUGGAGGGAGCAGUGGUCUGGUAGAUAG